AUGCUGCCAUCAGUAUUCGUCACACUCGCCGCGGCGACGCUGGCAUCAGCACACACCAUUAUCACGUAUCCCGGAUGGAGAGGAGACAACUUGAUCACAAACGAGACCUUUCCCUACGGCAUGCAAUGGAUGUAUCCAUGUGGUGGCAUGGGCGUCACAACCAACCGUACCUACUGGCCGAUAAACGGUGGAGCUAUCGCGCUCCAGCCCGGCUGGUUCCAGGGCCAUGCGACAGCAUUCCUUUACAUGAACAUGGGAUUCGGCACCGGCGGCCCUGACGGAGGACCUAUCAACAUGAGCUUCCCCAUGGUGGCUCCGUUCCAGAUUCUCGGCCCCAGCAAGAAUCCCUACCCCGGCACCGUGUGUCUGCCGCAGGUGUCACCGCCGCCGAACAUAACCAUCAACGUUGGCGACAAUGCCACGAUCCAGGUGGUGGAACUGGCUGUUCACGGAGCUUCGCUGUUCUCGUGCGUUGACAUCACAUUCGUUGAGCCACACGAUGAGCGUCUCGCCCGUGUCAACGAAACCAACUGCUUCAACAGCACCGAUAUCGGUUUCGCCGAUCUGUACACCAUCACCACCAAGGCCAUUGGCAGCACUGCCAAUGCUACAACGAGCGGGGCCGGGGCUAUCGCGGACUUAAGGUCCUCAAGCAGUUGGGCCUCGUGGCUAGGCUACGUGCCCAUACUGGUUGGAGGCGUGUGGUACUUGCUGUAA